AUGGAAAUGAUUGAAAAUAUUCGCAAUACAUUUAUUGAUAUGCUUCAACAGUCAUCUUGGAUGGAUCCCAUGUCAAAAUCUAAAGCAAUAGAGAAAGCCCGCGCCAUCAACGAAGCAAUUGGUUAUCCUGAUUAUUUGGGUAACGAGAAUUUAACCAAACUUGAGACAGACUAUGCUGAGUAUAAUUUUAACUCUUCUCUGAUGAGCAACGGUUUAAUUAUACUUCGAUUAGAAAUGAAAAAAAAUGUUCUAAUGUUUCGCGAACCAGUCGAUCGUAAAAAGUGGGCUAUUCCACCGACAAUUGUCGAAGCUACCUAUACGCCACAAUAUAAUCGAAUAAGUAUUGGCAUGUUUAUUGGUCACGAGAUUACACAUGGUUUUGAUGAUUUCGGACGACAAUAUGAUAAAGAUGGAAAUCGAAUUCCUUGGUGGACUAACGAGACGAUCAAUAAAUUUAACGAACGAAAGCAAUGUAUCAUUGAUCAAUACGAUCAAUACAUAGUAACUUUGGCUGGAACAGAAUUGAAGACAUCAUUAACAAUGACAAUAACAUAUACAUCAAAUUCAUCAUCAAUCAUUAUUUUAAUUUUAAUUGGAAUUUGUCUUAGUCUUAUUGCAUUAAUAACUGCACUUGGAAAUAUCAUUGUACUUUUAGCUUUUUAUUGUGACAAAAAAUUACGUACAAUCAAUGAUUAUUUUAUAUUAAAUAUGGCAAUAGCGGAUUUUCUUGUUGGUUGUUUUUGUAUUCCAUUUUAUAUUCCAUUCAGUAUCACACGAUCAUGGCCAUUUGGACGUCUUUUUUGUAAAAUAUGGGUUACAAUUGAUGAUGUUGCAACAAUGGCUAGCGUUAUUAAUAUAGUAGCGAUUAGUAUUAACCGAUAUUGGUCUAUAGCUUAUCCUAUAUCUUAUCGAAAAUAUGUGAAACAACAUUUUGUUUAUUUAGUAAUGGGAGCUGUAUGGUGUCUUUCUUUUCUUAAUUUUGCUCCGGGUAUUUGGUUAUUAAGUUUAUUUAAUAACAAUAAUAAUACAAUAACACGUAGUGAUUGUUCAGGUGAUUAUAAUUAUUCAUUUGUAUAUAUGUUAAUAGCACAAUUUAAUUAUUUUAUUUGGCCAUUUAUUGCUUUAUGUAUUUUUAAUAUGUUAAUUAUGUUAAAUAUAUGGAAACGAAGUCGAAAAAUGAAUCGUCUUACAUCAUUUAGUCAAUCAAUAAAAAGUAAAGAACGAAAGAUUGGUUCAUUACCAAUAGUAACAAGUAAAUAUACGAAAGAUGAUCAAUGUUUGUCAAUAUUAUCUAAAAAAAAAAUAAAUUCAAUUGAAAAUUGUCCAUCAAAAAUAGCUGAAGAAAAAUCUGAUAAUAUUGAUCAAUUUAUUCUUGUUCAAUUGUCUUCAUCAAAUAAAAAUCUUCCAAAUUCAUUUGAUGAAAAUAAUAAAUCAUCAAAUAAUUGUCAACAUACAAUUACAUAUUUAUCACCAGUUAUACAACAAAAAUCUUCUAUUAUAAAUAAAAAUGAUUUAAAACAAUCUCGAAAAUCAUCAUCAAUGGUAUAUUUAUCAAGAAAAUGUGCAAGUGUUAGUUUUUCUCAUUCAAAUAGUUAUCGUAAUGAUUCAUUUGGUGAAUAUCGACUUGAAAGUGAUAUUGAAGUAUCAAAAACGAUUCUAAGUGGAUCAAGUUCAUCAAAACAUUUAAAUACUACUACUACUAAUAAUAAAAAUAAAUUUAAAGAAUAUCGUCGAUGUGGUUCAAAAAUAAUUCGAGAUCGUAAAGCAGCACGUUCAUUAUUUAUUCUAGUUAUUGUUUUUCUUAUAUUCUUAUUUCCAUAUGUUAUUUGUGCAAUAGUUUCAACAGCUGGUGUAAAUAUAUCUGGAAUUAUUUUAGAAGUAUCAUUUUGGCUUUUAUGGUUAAAUUCAACAUGUAAUCCAUUUCUUUAUCCAUUUAUACAAAUACAAUAUCGACGUGCUUAUUUAAAAUUAUUUCAAUCUUUUUCGAAAUUUUUUACAUCUUCACGAUUAAAUCAUCGUUUUUAA